AUGCCCUGCGUCGGACAGGAGCCAUUUAACGAGGCUACCACGCCUGAGAAUCCGCUCCUUCGCAACUUUGCGGAGGUCGAACUCAGCGUCUCUGAAACAGCGAAUUCUGAUUUGGAUCAUCCACAUGAGUCUCAUCACGAAACGCCGGAGCAGUGGGAGGUGCGUGCGCCGGAUACGGACGAUGGGGCGAAGAGUGAAGACGGCGCGCAGUGUCCAGGUUCGAGGGGCGAACCAUUUGGUGAUUAUGCAGAAAAAGACAACUUGAACCACCCGAAGGCCGAUCAGGUCGAUGCCGGCUCCACGGCUCCCGACGGCUGCGGAGUGGAUCAAGGUUUAAAAGAAGACCCGUCGCUUGUACAGACAAAAGACCAUUCUCUGGACGCCGUAGAGGCGCGGCUGCAUCGCGAAUCUUCAUGCAGUCUGGAUCGUUCGGUGGGGCCGCUCAAUGAUACAGUUGCGGCUUUGGCUUCGUACCAAGUGAACGCAAAGGGCCAUUCCGGCAGCGGGGCUGAGGAUGCUGUUCUGCAGCAUUCAGGCGUAUGA